AUGCGUACCGCUCUCUCUACCGGCAUCACCACUGCCGUCUCUCCUCUAUCGCACCCUCAAAUCGAUCUCCUGUUCCCUUUCCUUCCCAUACCUUAUCCCGGCCUUGAAGUUUCCACACGAUUUCACCUCCGUCUCCCAAAGGAAACCUUUGAGAAUAUCUACCUUGAUCUUUCGAAACAGGCAGGGCGAUGUCGAUUUGCCGAGAGUGGGCUUGGUUGGAAACCGAGUGGCGGCAGUGAUCCCUUCACGUUGGACAGCAGUGAGGUCGGCGCAGCACAAUGGAGCAGAGCUUCGAAAGGAUAUGAAAUCAAGAUCAUCACCAGAGAUUCCAGGGUCAUACAGUUCGACGGUUUUGAGCAAGAAGACUACGACCGCGCCGCAAAGGCCUUCAAGAUCUGGUAUGGUCUCAAUCUAGAAAAUAAGGAACACGCUCUGCGAGGGUGGAACUGGGGCAAGGCCGAAUUUGGUAGGGCGGAACUGGCUUUCAAUGUUCAAAAUAAGCCAGCCUUCGAAAUCCCCUACUCGGAAAUCUCGAACACGAAUCUGGCGGGCAAGAAUGAGAUUGCAGUCGAGUUCAAUCUAGGAUCAGAUCCAUCCCAAAAUGGUACGAACGGUCACCAAAUCGCGAGCACCAAGAACAGGGGACAUAAGGCUGCCGCCGCUCGAGAUGAACUAGUGGAAAUGAGGUUUUACAUUCCUGGCACAGUUUCGAAGAAGGAGGUCAACGGUGAGGAAGGAAGCGAUGUCGAGAACGAAGAGGAAGAGGAACAAAAUGCCGCCAACUUGUUCUAUGAGACCUUGAUGGACAAGGCAGAGAUUGGCGAUGUUGCGGGCGCGACAUUUGCUACGUUUCAAGACAUCUUGCACCUCACCCCAAGAGGACGAUUUGACAUUGACAUGUACGAAAAUUCCUUCCGGCUGCGUGGGAAGACAUACGACUACAAGAUCCAGUAUUCGGCCAUCAAGAAGUUCUUCAUCCUACCUAAAAACGACGAAAUGCACACACUGAUCACUCUCGGACUGGAUCCACCACUACGGCAAGGUCAAACGCGGUAUCCCUUUAUCGUGAUGCAGCUCAAACUCGAUGACGAGGUGAAUCUAGACCUGAACAUGACCGAGGAAUUGCUCGAAACCAAGUACAAAGACAAACUCGAUGCACAUUAUGAAGCUCCAAUUCACCAUGUCAUUGCGAAGGUCUUCAAGGGUCUUUCCAACAAAAAGAUCAUCAUGCCCUCGAAAGAUUUCGUCAGUCACCACAACAUGAACGGGGUUAAAUGCUCCAUCAAGGCCAAUGAAGGACUUCUUUUCUGCUUGGACAAGAGCUUCAUGUUUGUACCAAAACCAGCGACCUACGUGCCAAUAGACUCGAUUCAAAGCAUCACUAUGUCACGAGUAGGCGGGGCUCUGGCAGCGAGCAGGACAUUUGACAUUAGUAUCACCCUCAAGAAUGGGCAGGGCGAACAUCAAUUCAGCAACAUCAACCGCGAAGAGCAGCAGCCGUUAGAGGCAUUCUUCCAGGCCAAAGGAAUAAGAUUCAAAAACGAGAUGGUGGAUGAUACUUCGACCCUGAUCAAGCAGGCUCUCGAGGACCCUGACCUCGCCUCAUCCGACGAUGAAGAUGCCGUAGAUCGCGGUUCGGCAGACGAAGAUGAUGAAUCCCCCGAUGAAGAUUUUCAGGACGAGUCUGAUAGUGAUGUUGCGGAGGAGUAUGACUCUGCUCACGAGAGUAGUGGCAGUGAUGCUGGAAGCGAUGCGGAGAUGCGCGAUGCUGAUGCCGAUGCCGAUGACGAUGCCAAUAUGGCCAGCGAGGACGAAGAGGAGCGGAGGCCGAAGAAGAAGGCAAAGAACUGA